CGCACUUAGCAAAGAUAUCUCUCAGCUUCUUUCCAAGAUUAGAACUUGGGCCAAGAUAAAACAUAAACCGUUGGUACAUCCUGUAGCACAGAUGUUCACAUCAUGCCACUUCGGCAACUUUACCCAGACCCAAAGUCGGCCCCAGGUCAUGCUCCUCCUGCUAAGAUAGACAUUAUCGCUGUUCAUGGCCUAGGUUCUCCCGCAAAGGGCGAGACGAAACACGCAUUCGACACGUGGAGAACUCCAUCAGGUCAGAAUGGACGUCUAUGGCUUCAGCAAGAUCUCCCAGCACAUAUUCCCGACUCUCGUAUCUUUUUAUACCAAUAUGAUGCAACGCCUACGUACGGCCGGGGUCUUGACGAUUUUCGCAGCAAGGCCGAUAAUCUUCUUGAAGUCAUAAGCAAUGAGAGAGGAGAUGAUCUUGAAAGGCCAAUCUUACUACUCGGUCAUAACUUGGGGGGCUUGUUGAUCAAGCAAGCUCUUAUCAACGCCCAUAGCAACCCAGGCUACAUCGCCAUUAAGGACGCUACCGCCGGCCUCGUAUUCUUUGGAACACCACAAGAUAACGUUGCUCAGAAACUUGGUGAAACGGCGGUAUUGAUUGCCAAAGACUUGGGGCUUAGAACAGAAGAUGAUGUUGUCAAAUCUCUGCAGACUGCUACCAUCUUCUCUGAGCUCGAAUCAUGGAAACAUCAAGUACUCGAGUACAACAUUGUCUCCUUCUGGGGGUCAUCUGAUACCGUGGUCUCCCGCGAGUGCGCUAGUCUUGGGCUGCCUGGUGAUAUUGCGAAGAUCGUAGAACUCAACGCUAGUCACAGAGAACUUUGCAAGUUUGGCACUACUGACAGAGACCAGUACAACUUGAAGAUCGUGGUUGCGAAUAUUAAGCGUCUCUACAAAAUAGCGAUCGAAAAGUUUGAUUCGCAAGGUGUUUGGUUCCCAGAUACCUCUGGCGUCGAAACGCCCCGCACUUCAGAGGAAUAUGGCCAGGACGAUCUUGAUGACGGCGUGGAAGGGACACAGAGUGUCACGACAAGUACAACUGAUACGACAAGACAACCGGUGUUUACGUCGAGCCAGGGGAGCCAACUUCAAGCUGACGAAACAACUGUUCAAAACUCUUUGAUCAAGGAUUUCGGCCACCCUAAUGCAGAAGAAGCCCCGGGUCUCACAGGCUCAGCUGUGGAGGACCUCCACAUCGCAGACAUCCAGGAGGUUCAAGGUAAUCUUUAUUCCCGGACGCCUUUUACAAAUCUCAGCCUGCCAGAGCCUGUUUUACGAGGUGUCCGAUAUCUCAAUUAUCAAUGGCCCACCAAGGUGCAAGAAUCAGUACUUUCUGCCUUCAUAUCGUAUCCUCCUCGUAACGUAAUCGCGAGUUACCCUCCAGGAACUGGUAGAACCACAGCACUGGCAAUUGCUCUCCUGUCGCGCAUAGACUACAGUUCGACCACUCAGCCUCAAGCAUUGGUGAUAGUAUCAACUCGAUUACUGGUACACCAGACGGAGAACUAUAUCAAUGAGAUAGGCAGAUCCUGCGAUGGUCUUGUUGUGGAGACCGUCACUGCGUCAAGCAAGCCAACCGCAAAGCUUGAGGCAAAUGUUAUUGUUGCUACACCUGGUAGGCUUUUCGACUACAUUCGUCGUCGUCUGGUCGACACGUCUCAGGUGAGGUUCUUUCUCGUGGACGACGUCGACCACGUUGUGGAUAUUCCAGCAUUGAGACAGCUAUGCAUUCGAGUCGCCAGAAAGUCGCCGAAAACCACUCAAUUUCUAUUUUUUUCCGAUCUAUCAAAGCAGGCCUCAGAGUUUGUAAAUGAUAUGAUCCGGUCCAAUACUUGGGAGAAGCAUGAGGUGAAGGCGGUAGAGCUGAAUGCCAACAAGAUCGUUCACCUGUUAUUCAGAUGUAGCGGGGAGCAGGAGAAGCUUGACAUUAUUUGCAAGCUUCCUGGUGUCGUGCAGAUAAGUAUGUUGAUCAUAUUUGUCCAGAUGAGGUCUUCUGCGCAUCAGAUACAGCGUGUACUAGCAGAAGAAGGCCACGCCAUAACGAACUUGUUCAAGGCAACUGAUGACAGCGAGAUGGAAGAGCUAUUGGAAAAGUUCGAGACUGGACAAGCCAAGGUUCUUAUUACAAAAGACUACAAGACCCGGGGCCUUGAUCUUCCCUCUAGCUCCAUGGUCAUUAACUAUGAUAUACCGGAUUCCGACCCAUACCGGUACAUUCGUCAAGUCAGUCGCGCAGGCAAAGCCGGGCGUUCUGGUUUCGCCGUUAAUCUGGUGAGUGACGAGACGGAAUUAGAUGCUCUUCGGUCUGUCGCAGCAUCUGGAUGCUUCAAUCUUCAUGAGCUUGACUCGAACGACUGGGACGCAGUUGAGCAGUUCUUGAGAAACUGCACUAGAUCUCAAAGACUCUAAGGGACCACAAUUUUCUACACUCUAGAUAAUGGAUCUGGCCAAAUUCUGCUACAACCUGUGAUUGCCAGUGUAUCUAUUGCUUAUAAACAAUUAAACAAAG